AUGCGACCACCACGACUCCUCAUCGUCCUCUUCUGCCUAAUCUUCUUUCCGAUCCUCCUCACCUUUUUCUCUGCGCUUACCUCGCCAAGUGUAACCGCCCCCAAUACGCUCGCUGGUCGAACAACUGGGUUCCGUGCUCUUUUCUCCUUUAGCGUACCAUCUUCUCUUUUCCCGCCGUCGGCUAUAAUCAGUCUCACCGAUGACAACUCGACUUUCUUCCUCGCCCGACCUGCAGCAUUCGGGCCACUCCUGCCGACAAAAGGCCUCAGCGGGCAAUUAUGGGUGGGCAGUGGGUUUGGUGAAGGCGGAUUAGCUGCGGGCGCAGAAGGGGAGCUAGGGUGCUCUGAUAUCCCCGGCUGGGGUGAAGGCACCAAUCAAAAGAAACAAGAAAAAACUGCGAGGGGCGUGGAACCAAGUUCCGGCACCUCCGAAGGUAAUACGCGCAAUGAGUUAUCCCAAAACCGCCCGCGGUCGGUGUCGCAGGCCGAUAUCACACCGCCGAGCGAUAGAGAUGAUACGAUGCCCCCACUAUUAACGAACGACGGCACCGACGAUCACCUGCAUCAUCCACUUCCCGAAUCGGGUGCGUCGCACCCUGGGAUGGGUCAAAAGUUUGGAGACUAUGUUCAAACCAAGCCAUCCGCGCAUGCCGAUAUCCAAUCAUUGCAGGAGACUGCUGAGAUUCAGGGUAAGGUGGUGCUCUUGAGUCGCGGCGGGUGUGGCUUUUUGGAAAAGGCCAAGUGGGCCCAACGCCGAGGCGGGACUGCGUUGAUCGUUGGCGAUGACACCCGGGGUGGAAACCUGGUUACUAUGUAUGCACGAGGCGAUACGUCAAACCUCACGAUCCCCGCCCUGUUUACAUCCCACACAACCGCCCACCUCCUAUCGUCAUUAAUGCCAGGGCAUACCGGAGGGACCACUAAGCUAGGGGAUGUGCUAGGAUCAUCCCAGGUGAAAAUGGCAGGACAGGCAGACGCCGACAAGGAGCGAGUUGCAACUAGCACAACAGCACCGGCUACUCAAAGUCCAACGGCCAGCGGCCAUAUGGCCACCAAGGAGAAAUCCGCGACCGUAUCUCACUCCAACGGCGGAUUCUGGCGUGCCAUUGGAUCAGCAUUGGGGCUGUGCGACAAAACCAAAGGCUCAAGUCAUUUGGAGGACAGCCGGCGCCCACCCAGCAGUGGAAACAUUGACUGGAUCAACCUUGGCUCGUGGGAUGGUAAAGGGCCUUCGUCGAGCACCUGGAAAAGAUCCACUGACUUCAAUCGCCGCGGUCGGAACAAGGUUGACGAGACUUUCGACAGUCACCGGGCGGACAUGUCUCCCGACAGUUUUGAAGAGGAUGAGUUUGUCAUCGGAGUCCAGGACUGGAGAGAUCCUGAUUUGAUGCCUGCUAAAAGCAGCAUUUCACCGACGCCUAGCACUUCUGUGAAGGGCAAAGACUCUAAGACUGCAAGUGCGGAUAAGGAUUCUGCUUCAUCGAUUAAUGCUUUGCAAGGUGGCAGCAUCACACCCGGGAGUGGAGAGUAUCAAAGUAUUGAGAAAUCCAGUGUCGACGCUCAUGGCAAGGACACUAAAGCACUUGACAAGGAAUCUAUUGGAGCUCAAGGAAAGAUCAAUUCCUCCAACAAGGGCUGGCUUUUGGGUCAUUUCAGCUGGGGCAGCGAGAAGCAGACUGCCCAGCCCUCUUCGGCACCCUCGCCCCAGAAGCACAUUGUUGGAGACCAGAAGGCGCAGACCAGUGGUCCCUAUGCAUCAAGCCGACCAUCCGCAGAAUCUCUCGGGCAUGAAGGCCUUUGGGUUACUAUGACACCUACCAGCAUGUCUACUAGCCCGUUCUUCGAUACCCUUUUGGUUCUCGUCGUCAGCCCUCUGCUUACACUCACGGUCGUGUAUGCCUUACUACUACUCCGUUCCCGAAUCAGACGUCGCCGAUGGCGCGCCCCAAAGUCGGUCAUCGAACGUCUCCCUGUUCGGACCUAUCACACCAUUGCAAUUUCCUCGUCUUCAUCCUCCAACUCAACGCGACCUCCUAGCCCCGGACCCGUGUCACCCACUUCCCCGCUUCUCAGCAACGAAAGCCAAUCAACAGAUGCUCGAUUAAUUAGAUCGCGAUCACAGACUGUCUCAGGCACUUUGCUUAGCUCUUCGGACCUACCCAAGGAAGAAAAAUGCAGCCUGCAGGCAGGAUCUACACUGUGGCGGCGAAAGUAUACUGGAAGGCAGGUGGAGUGUGUUGUUUGUCUUGAGGAGUACAUCGAUGGCGAAAGUCGGGUCAUGAGCCUGCCAUGUGGCCAUGAGUUCCAUGUGGAGUGCAUUACACCAUGGCUGACUACUCGUCGGCGGACCUGUCCGAUCUGCAAAGGCGAUGUUGUCCGUUCCAUGUCCCACGUCCAGUCGGGUGGCUCUGGAAGCCACCAUGCACACACCAGCGACGAUGCACAGACCUCGGAGGCCAUGUCACGAUCCGUUGCUUCUUCCGCGCCAGUUUUGAUUGAAGGCGUAACCGAUGAUGUUCCUGAUCCUGAACAAAAUGCCGGUCUUAAUGACCAUGCAAGCUCUGCACCACAGUCAAGCUGGAGAAACUUGGCUACACUGAGUUUCUCGGCCCUCAGCGGUGACACCAUUUGGCACCAAGCCCGUCUGGACCGCAACCGCUAA